GAUUGGUAAUUGAGCUAGACAUACAAGGAAGGUAUCUGGUACAGAGAGCUUUCCAGUAUGCGUGGGAUACUAGACUACCAGAUGACCUAUGUGUUCUUACUAGUAAGUGGUUGGCUUUGGUUAAGAAGGCUGUCCUCGAGACCAAGGUUCCCAGAAAGAUUGACUGUAAAAAGUUGCUUGUCUAUGUUGAUGCUAGCCAAAGCACCUGGGGGGUGGAUAUUAGAACCCCAAGUGGGACUAGGGUCUGCGCUAAAGGUGGUCUUUUCCCUCAGCCAAAGAGGGAUAAGUGGACUAUUCCGCGGAAGGAGCUACUUUCUCUUAUUUAUGGUAGAGACCUUCUUAUAAAUGUGUGGAAAACAGUUGAUGAGAGUAUGAGAGAUCAAUGUGAAGCUCUCAUACUGAGUGAUUCUCAAAUCAAUUGUUACAGAGUCCACAAAGAAGACCAGGCGACUGAUAUGAAG